CUGAAAAACUAUCCUGCUCUGCAACUGAAACUGGAUCAGGGAACAGUCUGUUGCCCAGCCCAGUUUUCUUCUUGAGCAGUAGAGAAGUGGAGGAAUGUCUCUUCCCAGGCAGCUGAGGAAUGAGAGUGACUAUGACCAGCUUCCAGACGAUGUUGCUGUUUCUGCUACUAUUGCAGACAUCGAAGAGAAGAGAGGCUUCUCCAGUUACUACGUAUUUGUGAUUGAGGUGAAGACAAAAGGUGGAGGAAGGUACAUGAUUUUCCGCCGUUACAGCCAGUUCUAUAACCUGCAUUGGAAGCUCGAGGAAAGAUAUGGCGUGGGAAACAAAAACAGCUCUUUUACAUGUACACUUCCCAUCAUGCCUGGGAAAGUUUAUGUUGGUGCAAAGAGAGAGAUUGCAGAGAGUCGAAUCACAAUACUCAACACAUACAUGAAGAAACUACUUAGCCUGCCCACCUGGUUUUUGAUGGAUGAAGAUGUCCGGCUGUUUUUCUAUCAAUCAAACUUUGACACUGAGCAGACACCUCUGGGGCUGAGAAGGCUUCGGCCACGCACGCGACGAGUAAAGAGCAUGUCUCCGCAAGAACCCGGUUUUGACAGGAUGGCAGCUCCCCGGGCUGAGGCCCUGUUUGAUUUUAAUGGGUCCAGUAAACUGGAACUAAGCUUCAAGAAGGGAGACGUGAUCUAUUUACUAAGCAAGGUCAACAAAGACUGGUUUGAGGGUACUGUCCGAGAUACUACUGGCAUUUUCCCGUGUGCUUUUGUGGACAUCAUUAAAGACCUCCCUCAAGAAGAAGAUACUAUCAAUUGGCUACGUUGCUAUUACCAUGGUGACAAUUUCAGCUCUAUCAGGGAUAUUUCAGUGGAAGAGGACCUGAGCAGCACCCCAUUGUUCCAAGACCUCAUGGAACUGAUGAGGCGAGAGUUUGGGCGUGAGGAUAUUGCCCUGAAUUAUCGUGAUUCAGAGGGCGAUCUGAUCCGUCUAAUCUCCGAUGAGGACAUUGAGCUUAUGGUCCUGCAGUGCAAGGAUAGGCCCGUCUUCCCAAAACACAUCUUCCCUUGGAAACUGCAUGUAACCCAGCAAGAUGACUACACCGUCUACAACACAAGCCCAGCAGAAUAUGCCGUACCAACACAAACAGAGAAAGGACCCUGAUCUUGGUGGCUCAUUCUGCUUCAGCAGGAAAGAAUCAUACGUCAGCAGUCAGCAACGAGCAAAUUUCUGAUAUCUUCUCCAUAUUUUCCUGUAGUAUUUCUCUGAUUAAGAACAAAAAAGAAAGAAAAAGAAUGGCAUUUGCAAGAGGCUGGAUAGGUUCCUUAAGAACAUACAGUUGCCAGGUCAGACGGUACCACUUCACAUACCUGAGACAGCAAUCCUAAGCAGGUCUCCACAAAAUCCUAUUCAGGUCUAUUAAAUGAAGUUUAUCCCUGAAAGAGUGCUCUUUGGAUUGCACCAUGAGUAAGUUAGAUGAGCAGCCCAAUUCAAAGGAGGGGAGCAGUACAGCGGCUGCUGAGGAUGGUGCUGCCAUGCUGUCUCUAGAGUCGGGGAAGAAGGACUUCUCUCUCUCUCUCUCUCUCUCUCUCUCAAGAAAGGCAUUGGGAAUAUGACAUAUGCCACCUUUUUGGGUGGCGUAAGUCUGUGCCAUUGAAGGAGGGUGUUUCUGGGCCAAAAGUCCUUUGGGAGCUGACUGAAGUUGGCUACACCCCUGUUACUGCAUGCUACUAACAGAAUGCCUGGCACUGCCCCCUGCCCCCCACGCAGCACCCUGCCCCCUGCGGUGCCCCCGCCUUCCCCCAUGACCCCCCUUGGGGCUCGCAAGGUCCCCUGGGAAGUGUAGUUCCCACCAGGCCGCUUUUUCAGCCUGAACUGAACAGACCGCCCCCUCCAUGGUGGCGUAGGCAUUUGUGAUGUUGGCUAGCUGCAGAGUCCAGUUUCUAGGUUUAGGAGCUGUGGCAGCUGACCUCCGAGGUAAGUCCCUCAUUGCCAAUGUCCAUGCCAGUUUGCAUGGUGCUGGUGCCACAGACACCAUUACAACCCUUCCACUGCUUCCAAUGGAACUUCAGCCCCAUCCACCCUUCCUUUGGAUUGCACAGUUAGUUCUUCCUUAAUUGGUGGAAAUAGCUGUUACUGCAGCUACUAAAAGGAUGCCCUAUCAGAAUCAUAAAGUUGGAAGAGACCCCAAGGCCCAUCAAGUCCAACCCCCUGCAAUUCAGGAACACACAA